AUGUAUGCAUCCCAGUGGUUUCUCACUCCUUUUACUGCCAAGUUCCCACUGUGCAUGGUCUUCCAUAUCACUGGCUUACAGCUUUGUGAGGGUUUGAACAUAAUACCUCAUGUAGCCUUAGCUCUCCUAAAGACCUCAAAGGAAGAUCUUUUGCAAGCUUAUUUUGAGGGUACUUUAAAGUUCUUCAGAAUUCAGCUUUCUAAAGUUAUUCAGAGAUACAAGGCAGAGGAAAAUGCAAAAUGGUUACUAGAGCAGGCUUGCAAUAUUAAGGUACCAACCAAGAAACUGAAGAAAUAUGAGAAAGAAUAUCAGACAAUGUGA